GGCUAUGCUUGAAGCAUGCUUGGAGGCCUUGAAGUAGGAGAUAAGACAGCGUGGACGCAGGGGAAGAUGUCAACAAUGUUGCCGACCGACCUGAGCGCUAGCAGGCAUGUGACCGUGAAGUCAGCACCAGGAAGUCAUCAGCUCUGCUCCACCCGACAUCCGUGCACACUUUCUUCUUCUUCUUCUUGGGAUGAGCAGCACAAACACACCUCUGCAGAAACAAUAGAACGCUGCGUUUGCGCCAAGAUGGCGACCCCUGGAGGGGUGCUCCUGUUCCUCCUCCUGCUGAUCACCGCUGCAAAGAUUUCAGCGUACCAGUCCAAGUGUGGCGGCAUCGUGUGCCCACCAGGCAUGGACUGCAUUGAACGUGGUGGGAAGACGCGUUGUGCCGACCCUUGUGAGAUCUACACCCCCCUGGAUGACCACUGGCGAGACACACAGUUUGCUUCAGAUCGGAAAAGCCUAAAAUGUGACCGAGAUGUUGAGUGGAAGGGCUGGUAUCGUCUGCUCCUGGGGGGCAAGAGUGCACGUAUUCCUGAGAGAUGCAUAGAGGAAUACAGGUGUGGAGGCGAUACAGCCAUCUGGAUGAAAGACCCUCAUCCCACACAAUGGAAUGAAAUUGUAGCUCGCACAGUGUAUGGUUCCUGGUGGGGUAAUUGCUCCCGGUACACGACCAACAUCCAUGUGAAGAAGUGUUCUCACUACUACGUCUACAAACUGGUCAAACCAGGGCUUUGUUAUCAGGCCUACUGUGCAGAAUUGGCUCCUCCAUUCCUCAGUCACAUCACUUGUGGAUCUGACAAAAUCCUGGUGGGCGUGAAUUCCACUGACAUAAGUGUCGCUGUUUAUAACCCAUACCAUGGCCACCUGGAAGACAGCAAGUGUUUGCAGACAAAGGAUGAAAAUGGUACCGUGUUGUACGAAACUGAUGCUCAGACGGGUACCUGUGGAAACAAAGUGCAGACCAACAGCACACAUGUCAUCUACUCCAACACGUUGUACAUCUAUCUCAGCAAAGAUGUCUCUCAUCCCAUGAAGUUGCCUUUCUCAUGCGUGUAUCCCCUGGCCACACACACCAGACUGAACUCACCCAUCAGAACGAUCCUGCCGGGCAGUGGAAAGGUUAAUCAGCACCAGGAUGAUCCAUCACUCCAAUCUGGAGCCCCGGAGGUGCCACCACCAUACUGGAAGGAUGUUGUCUUUGUCGGCUCAGGUCCCAAACUGGGAGCCUCUAUGGUCCUGUUCAAGGAAUCAGACUAUAAAAAGCCUUAUCCAGCAGGUGUGGUGGUCCUUCCAGUGGGCUCUCCAUUAUAUGUGGAGGUCUCUAUGAGAGAUCCCAGCUUGGUGGUUGUUUUGGAGGAAUGCUUUGUCGCUCGCUCACCAGACCGUGGCAAACUUGAUCGAUACUCCAUCAUCUCCAACAAAUGUCCCACUGACCGCCAACAAGUGUUUGAGUUUAAGAGUGGCUCAUCCCACCAGGCUCGUUUCUCCACCCUACCCUUCGCUUUUCAGGGAGAAUACCAAGAUGUUUACCUCCACUGCAGCUUCAUCCUGUGUGACCGCAAGAGUUCCUCUUGCAUUCCGGAUUGUGAAGAAUUGGAUCCUCCAUUCCUCAGUGACAUUAUUUGUGACUCUGACGAAAUCGGAGUGGGUGUGGAUUCAGUUAGCACAAGACGCGCUGGUUAUAACCCACUCCGUGGCAGACUGGCAGACCCCAAGUGUUUCCAGGCCAUAGAGCAAUCAAGUGUCGUGUGGUACAAAGUUGACACUGAGGAAGGUACCUGUGGAAACAAAAUGAAGACCAACGGCACACAUGUCAUCUACUCCAACACGUUAUUCAUCGAUCCAGCCAAGAAUAGUCCUUACUCUCUGCCCAUGGGCUUUCCUUUCUCAUGCGUGUAUCCCCUGGACACACACACCAGACUGAACUCACCCUUCAGAACGAUUCUGACGCCUGAUGAAGAGGAUGGUCAGCACCAGGUCCCUGAUGGUCCAUCACACCAAGACAAAGCCCAGGGGGUGCUACCAUACUGGAAGGAUGGUGUCUUUGUUGGCUCAGGUCCCAAACUGGGAGCCUCUAUGGUCCUGUUCAAGGAAUCAGACUAUAAGAAGCCUUAUCCAGCAGGUGUGGUGGUCCUUCCAGUGGGCUCUCCAUUAUAUGUGGAGGUCUCUAUGAGAGAUCCCAGCUUGGUGUUUGUUUUGGAGGAAUGUUUUGCCUCUCACUCGUUAGACCGUGACAGUCUUGAUCGAUACUCCAUCAUCUCCAACAAAUGUCCCACUGACCGCCAACAAGUGUUUGAGUUUAAGAGUGGCUCAUCCCACCAGGCUCGUUUCUCCACCCUACCCUUCGCUUUUCAGGGAGAAUACCAAGAUGUUUACCUCCACUGCAGCUUCAUCCUGUGUGACCACAAGAGUUCCUCUUGCAUUCCGGAUUGUGAAGAAUUGGAUCCUCCAUUCCUCAGUGACAUUAUUUGUGACUCUGACGAAAUCGGAGUGGGUGUGGAUUCAGUUAGCACAAGACGCGCUGGUUAUAACCCACUCCGUGGCAGACUGGCAGACCCCAAGUGUUUCCAGGCCAUAGAGCAAUCAAGUGUCGUGUGGUACAAAGUUGACACUGAGGAAGGUACCUGUGGAAACAAAAUGAAGACCAACAGCACACAUGUCAUCUACUCCAACACGUUAUUCAUCAAUCCAGCCAAGAAUAGUCCUUACUCUCUGCCCAUGGGCUUUCCUUUCUCAUGCGUGUAUCCCCUGGACACACACACCAGACUGAACUCACCCUUCAGAACGAUUCUGACGCCUGAUGAAGAGGAUGGUCAGCACCAGGUCCCUGAUGGUCCAUCACACCAAGACAAAGCCCAGGGGGUGCUACCAUACUGGAAGGAUGGUGUCUUUGUUGGCUCAGGUCCCAAACUGGGAGCCUCUAUGGUCCUGUUCAAGGAAUCAGACUAUAAGAAGCCUUAUCCAGCAGGUGUGGUGGUCCUUCCAGUGGGCUCUCCAUUAUAUGUGGAGGUCUCUAUGAGAGAUCCCAGCUUGGUGGUUGUUUUGGAGGAAUGCUUUGCCUCUCACUCGUUAGACCGUGACAGUCUUGAUCGAUACUCCAUCAUCUCCAACAAAUGUCCCACUGACCGCCAACAAGUGUUUGAGUUUAAGAGUGGCUCAUCCCACCAGGCUCGUUUCUCCACCCUACCCUUCGCUUUUCAGGGAGAAUACCAAGAUGUUUACCUCAACUGCAGCUUCAUCCUGUGUGACCGCAAGAGUUCCUCUUGCAUUCCGGAUUGUGAAGAAUUGGAUCCUCCAUUCCUCAGUGACAUUAUUUGUGACUCUGACGAAAUCGGAGUGGGUGUGGAUUCAGUUAGCACAAGACGCGCUGGUUAUAACCCACUCCGUGGCAGACUGGCAGACCCCAAGUGUUUCCAGGCCAUAGAGCAAUCAAGUGUCGUGUGGUACAAAGUUGACACUGAGGAAGGUACCUGUGGAAACAAAAUGAAGACCAACGGCACACAUGUCAUCUACUCCAACACGUUAUUCAUCGAUCCAGCCAAGAAUAGUCCUUACUCUCUGCCCAUGGGCUUUCCUUUCUCAUGCGUGUAUCCCCUGGACACACACACCAGACUGAACUCACCCUUCAGAACGAUUCUGACGCCUGAUGAAGAGGAUGGUCAGCACCAGGUCCCUGAUGGUCCAUCACACCAAGACAAAGCCCAGGGGGUGCUACCACACUGGAAGGAUGGUGUCUUUGUUGGCUCAGGUCCCAAACUGGGAGCCUCUAUGGUCCUGUUCAAGGAAUCAGACUAUAAGAAGCCUUAUCCAGCAGGUGUGGUGGUCCUUCCAGUGGGCUCUCCAUUAUAUGUGGAGGUCUCUAUGAGAGAUCCCAGCUUGGUGGUUGUUUUGGAGGAAUGCUUUGUCUCUCGCUCACCAGACCGUGGCAAACUUGAUCGAUACUCCAUCAUCUCCAACAAAUGUCCCACUGACCGCCAACAAGUGUUUGAGUUUAAGAGUGGCUCAUCCCACCAGGCUCGUUUCUCCACCCUACCCUUCGCUUUUCAGGGAGAAUACCAAGAUGUUUACCUCAACUGCAGCUUCAUCCUGUGUGACCGCAAGAGUUCCUCUUGCAUUCCGGAUUGUGAAGAAUUGGAUCCUCCAUUCCUCAGUGACAUUAUUUGUGACUCUGACGAAAUCGGAGUGGGUGUGGAUUCAGUUAGCACAAGACGCGCUGGUUAUAACCCACUCCGUGGCAGACUGGCAGACCCCAAGUGUUUCCAGGCCAUAAAGCAAUCAAGUGUCGUGUGGUACAAAGCUGACACUGAGGAAGGUACCUGUGGAAACAAAAUGAAGACCAACGGCACACAUGUCAUCUACUCCAACACGUUAUUCAUCGAUCCAGCCAAGAAUAGUCCUUACUCUCUGCCCAUGGGCUUUCCUUUCUCAUGCGUGUAUCCCCUGGACACACACACCAGACUGAACUCACCCAUCAGAACAUUCAUGAAGGCCAUGGGAAGGUUUGGUCAGCACCAGGUCCCUGAUGGUCCAUCACACCAAGACAAAGCCCAGGGGGUGCUACCAUACUGGAAGGAUGGUGUCUUUGUUGGCUCAGGUCCCAAACUGGGAGCCUCUAUGGUCCUGUUCAAGGAAUCAGACUAUAAGAAGCCUUAUCCAGCAGGUGUGGUGGUCCUUCCAGUGGGCUCUCCAUUAUAUGUGGAGGUCUCUAUGAGAGAGCCCAGCUUGGUGGUUGUUUUGGAGGAAUGCUUUGUCGCUCGCUCACCAGACCGUGGCAAACUUGAUCGAUACUCCAUCAUCUCCAACAAAUGUCCCACUGACCGCCAACAAGUGUUUGAGUUUAAGAGUGGCUCAUCCCACCAGGCUCGUUUCUCCACCCUACCCUUCGCUUUUCAUAGAGAAUUACAAGAUGUUUACCUCCACUGCAGCUUCAUCCUGUGUGACCGCAAGAGUUCCUCUUGCAUUCCGGAUUGUGAAGAAUUGGAUCCUCCAUUCCUCAGUGACAUUAUUUGUGACUCUGACGAAAUCGGAGUGGGUGUGGAUUCAGUUAGCACAAGACGCGCUGGUUUUAACCCACUCCUUGGCCACCUGGCACAAGCCAUGUGUUUCUGGAACAUAGAGCAAUACAGUGUCGUGUGGUACAAAGUUGACACUGAGGAAGGUACCUGUGGAAACAAAAUGAAGACCAACGGCACACAUGUCAUCUACUCCAACACCUUGUACAUCUAUCCAGUCUUCAAGAGUCCUGUCUCUCUGUUCAUGGGCUUUCCUUUCUCAUGCGUGUAUCCCCUGGACACACACACCAGACUGAGCUCACCCAUCAGAGCGAUCCUGACGCCUGAUGAAGAGGAUGGUCAGCACCAGGUCCCUGAUGGUCCAUCACACCAAGACAAAGCCCAGGGGGUGCUACCACACUGGAAGGAUGGUGUCUUUGUUGGCUCAGGUCCCAAACUGGGAGCCUCUAUGGUCCUGUUCAAGGAAUCAGACUAUAAGAAGCCUUAUCCAGCAGGUGUGGUGGUCCUUCCAGUGGGCUCUCCAUUAUAUGUGGAGGUCUCUAUGAGAGAUCCCAGCUUGGUGGUUGUUUUGGAGGAAUGCUUUGCCUCUCACUCGUUAGACCGUGACAGUCUUGAUCGAUACUCCAUCAUCUCCAACAAAUGUCCCUUUGAGAGCAGCUCAUCCCUCCAGGCUCGUUUCUCCACCCUCUUCUUCCGUUUUUGGCCGCAAUACCGAGAUGUUUACCUCCACUGCAGCCUCAGCCUGUGUGACCGCAGGAGUUCCUCUUGCACUCCGUAUUGUGAAGAAUUGGAUCGUUCACUCACUCACCUUAAUUGUGGCUCUGACAAAAUCCAAGUGGGCGUGGAUUCCGCUGGCCUAAGAAGCACUGGUCAUAACCCGCUCAGUGGCCACCUGGAAGCCCUCAAGUGUUCCCAGGCCACGAAGCAAGAUGGUGUCGUGUGGUACAAAGUUGAUGCUCAGGAAGGUGCCUGUGGAAACACAAUGAAGACCAACGGCACACAUGUCAUCUACUCCAACACGUUGUUCAUCGACCCAGCAAACAACAGUCCUUCCUCUCUGCCCAUGACUUUUCCUUUCUCAUGCGUGUAUCCCCUGGACACACACAGCAGACUGAAAGUACCCAUCAACGCGACCCUGACGCCCAGUCAGCACCAGGUCAAUGACGAUCCAUCACGCCAACCUGGAGCCCUGGAGGUGCCACCAUACUGGAUGGAAGGUGUCCUUGUUGGCUCAGGUCCCAAACUGGGAGCCUCCAUGGUCCUGUUCAAGGAAUCAGACUAUAAGGAGCCUUAUGCAGCAGGUGUGGUGGUCCUUCCAGCGGCCUCACCAUUAUAUGUGGAGGUCUCUAUGGACAAGAAAGAUCCCAGCUUGGUGGUUGUUUUGGAGGAAUGCUCCACCUCUCACUCACCAGACCGUGACAGUCUUGAUCGAUACUCCCUCAUCUCCAACAAAUGUCUCACUGACCGCCAACACAUGUCUGUGUUCGAGAGCGGCUCAUCCCUCCAGGCUCGUUUCUCCACCCCGUUCUUCCUUCUUCAGGGAAGAGGCCAAGAUGUUUACCUCCACUGCAGCCUCAGCCUGUGUGACCGCAGGAGUUCCUCUUGCAUUCCGGUUUGUGAAGAAUUUGGGUCUCCAUUCCUAAGUCACCUUAACUGUGGCUCUGACAAAAUCCAAAUGGGCGUGGAUUCAGCUAAGAUAAAAAGCGCUGGUUAUGACCCAUUCUAUGGCAACCUGAAACUCAGCAAGUGUUCUCUGGCCACGGAGAAAGAUGGUGUCACAUGGUACCAAGCUGACACAAAGACGGCUACCUGUGGAAAUGUAAUGAAGACCAACGGGACACACGUCAUCUUCUCCAACACUUUAUUCAUCUAUCCAGCAAACAAAGCUUCCUUUGUGUCCCUAAAGUUUCCUUUUUCAUGCGUGUAUCCCCUGAAGACGGACACCAGACUGAAGGCACCCGUCAGACCAAUCCUGCCGAGUUUUGUACAUGGUGCUGAGGUUGGUCAGCACCGAGACCUUGGUGAUCCAUCACAACAAGUCGGACCUCCGGAGGUGCCGCCACGCUGGAUGGAAGGUGUCUUUGUUGGCUCAGGUCCCAAACUGGGAGCCUCCAUGUUCCUGUUCACGGAAUCCGACUAUAAGGAGCCUUAUCCAGCAGGUGUGGUGGUCCUUCCAGUGGGCUCUCCAUUAUAUGUGGAGGUCUCUGUGAGAGAUCCCAGCUUGGUGGUUGUUUUGGAGGACUGCUUUGCCUCAUCGGACCCUGACAGUCUAGAGCAAGAAGCCCUUAUCCACAACAAAUGUCCCGCUGACCGCCACAAAGUGUCUGUGGUUCCGAGAGGCCCAUCCCUCCAGGCGCGUUUCUCCACCCUCUUCUUCCCACUUCAGGGUAAAUACCAAGAUGUUUACCUCCACUGCAGCCUCAACCUGUGUGACCGCAGGAGUUCCUCUUGCAUUCCGGUUUGUGAAGAAUUGGAUGCUUCACUCCGUCACCUGAUUUGUGACUCUGACAAAAUCCGAGUGGGCAUGGACUCAGCUAGGAUAAGACGCACUGGUUAUAACCCACUCUCUGGCAAACUGGCAGACCGCAAGUGUUCCCAGAAAACGGAGCAAGAUGGUGUUGUGUGGUACGAAGUUGAUGCUCAGGAAGGUGCCUGUGGAAACACAAUGAAGAUCAAGAGCACACAUGUCAUCUACUCCAACACUUUAUUCAUCUAUCCAGCAAGCAGACCUUCUUUUCUUCCCCUGACACUAAAUUUCUCAUGCGUGUAUCCCCUGGACACGCACACCAGACUGAACACAGCCAUCAAACCGAGCCAGCAGUCCAAUGGAACAGUUGGUCAGCACGAGGUCCUUUAUGAUCCAUCACAACAAUACGGAGCUGUCAAGGUGGCCUCACCAUACUGGAAGGAAAGUGGCUUUGUUGUCUCAGGUCCCAAACUGGGAGCCUCCAUGUUCCUGUUCAAGGAAUCGGACUAUAAGGAGCCUUAUCCAGCAGGUGUGGUGGUCCUUCCGGUAGGCUCACCAUUAUAUGUGGAGGUCUCUGUGGACAAGAAAGAUCCCAGCUUGGUGGUCGUUUUGGAGGACUGCUUCGCCUCUCACUCCUCAGACCCUGACAGUCUCGAUCGCUACUCCCUCAUCUCCAACAAAUGUCCCACUGACCACCAACGCAUAUCUGAGUUGAAGAGCGGCUCGUCCCACCAGGCUCGUUUCUCCAGCCCAUUCUUCCGUCUUCAGGGUCAAGACAGAGAUGUUUACCUCCACUGCAUCGUCAGCUUGUGUGACUGCAGGAGUUCCUCUUGCAUUCCGGUUUGUCAAGAAUCGGAUGAUUCAUCUUUAAGUCACCUUCAUUGUGGCUCUGACAAAAUCCGAGUGGGCGUAAGCCGCGCUGGUAGCCCACUCAUUGGCAACCUGGCAGACCACAAGUGUUCCCGCGCCACGGAGCAAGAUGGUGUCAUGUUGUACGAAGUUGACGCUCAGGAAGGUGCCUGUGGAAACACGCUGAUGCUCAACGGCACAAAUGUCAUCUACUCCAACACUCUGUUCAUCUAUCCAGCCAACAAUGCCAUCUCUCUGCCCCUGAGGAUUCCUUUCUCAUGCGUGUAUCCCCUGGACACACAAACCAGACUGAACACAGCCAUCAGACCUUUCAAUGAAGAGGAUGUUGAGCUCCAGGACCUUGAUGAUCAAUCACUCCAAUCUGGAGCCCUGGAGGUGUCACCGCAGUGGCAAGUGAUGGAAGGUGUCUUUGUUGGCUCAGGUGUCAAACUGAGGGCAUCCAUGUUCCUGUUCAAAGAAUCAGACUAUAAGGAGCCUUAUCCAGCAGGUGUGGUGGUCCUUCCAGCAGGCUCUCCAUUAUAUGUGGAGGUCUCUGUGGACAAGAAAGAUCCCAGCUUAGUGGUUGUUUUGGAGGAAUGCUUCGCCUCUCUCUCAUCCGACCCUGACAGACUUGAGAGAUACUCCUUCAUCUCCAACAAAUGUCCCACUGACCGCCAACAAGUGUUUGAGUUUGAGAGCGGCUCAUCCCUCCAGGCUCGUUUCUCCGCCCUGUUCAUCCCUGAGGAAAACGACCAAGAUUUUUACGUUCACUGCAGCCUCAGCUUGUGUGACCGCAGGAGAAACGCUUGCAUUCCAUCCUGCCCAAGGAGAGUACGACGCUCUGUCUCAGAGGCUCCUCCAAUCAAGCCACUAACCAUUGGACCAAUCACCUGGGAGAAAUCAUUCUGAGGGACGUCCACGGCAUUGGGAUUUUUGAUUUCAGUCUUUUUGGAUACUUUUGACAUAUAACAUCUUUUGAAAUGGCAGAUUUCAGUCUUUUUUUGACGCUGACAUGUAUAACAUCUCUUGAAAUGUUGAACCAUAUUUCUGGUUGUGUGUAAUCAACAUUUGUAUUCAAUUUGCGAUUGUUGACUGAGGUGUAGAUCAGGGGUCUCCAACCAGUAGCUGGGGAGCUCGCCAGCUGAAAAAAGCAUCACAACAAUGACCACACUGUCCGAAAAGAUACAAGAUGCACAUGAACACAAUUCUGUUUCCAUACAUUUGUUUCAUGUUGCAGCAAAAUUAGUUGUUUGGCUUGAAAUCACUAUGAACAUCUCAGAAGAAAAAGUGUGGAGACCUCUGAUGUAGAUGAUAGUGUUUUACUAUUUUACUGCAUUUGACUUUGAGUUUUAUUUAGAGCUGCAACAAUGAAUGAAUCGAUGCGAAUACCCAAUUGACAAUUAUUACGGUAAACAUGUAAAUAUCCUCUGAUUUCAGCCUCUUAAAUGUGAAUAUCUUUGAAUGUCCUUGGCCAUCCAUGAAAGCAGACCUAUUAUCUUUGUCUUUUAGCCAAAACAAGGUCUUCACAUAUCGGCUUUGAUUUUGGAAAACAGGAAUGGCCAUUUUUGCCUCUUUUCUGCUAUGUUGCGCACUCGACCACGAACUGGAGGUGUCCAUCUGUGGCCUAUCCCAUUACUCCAUUCAUUGAAACAACUAGCUUCAGGUUUUUGGCUGUCAGCUCAAAUAUUCGAUUUCUGAAUAAAGAGGCGGAUAUUAAAAACGUGUUUUUCAAAAUCCAUUGAUUAAUUGAAAAACAUUAUUGACCGAUUAAAUCGGUGAUUAAAAUCCUCGUUAGUUGCAGCCCUAGUUUGGUUUGUUAUUGAUAUUGAUUGCAUUUACUCAUUUAGAUUUUGAUUGCAUUCUCUGAUAUUGUAUUGUGGGGGACUUGAGAUGGAAAGUAGCUGCAGCCACAUCUGCUGUAAUGCAUGUUUGGAAAGAUGGUUGUGUUCGUUGUUCCUGUUCAAUCAACAAUAAAGUGAUAAUUAAAGCGA